UGGAAACCCAACAUUCUGAGCUAGACCAAUAGAGAGUGAACUAGUGGAAAAAACUAUAGUGUUUACAAAAUAGUGUUUUUCAUUUGAUAUCAACAUUGAAAGUUGUUCUAUUUCUUGUCACUGUGAACGUGUGUUCCUUUAACCGUCAAGAUAGAGCCACUACACCCUGCCUACAUUUCUUCUUUUGAAGAUUUGACAACAGUUGCUUGUGGACAGAAAUGCCCUACUCUUGGUGAACUAAUGGAUUCACUACCACUUUCCGAGUUGCAGACUUUCUUCGCUAAUAAAGGUGAGCUGGCUUGUUACGCUUCUAGGAAGUUUUUUGUGGAGUCGAUCGACUGCUCCCCCCUCGAUGUUCUUGACCCCAUGCUUGAGCGUGCCUUAGAUCUGAGUGAGUACAUUUGUCCAGACAUUUACGACCAUCAUCGAUCCAACUUUUCUGCUCACAUUUCCUCAGAUUUCCCCGACUGCCAGAGUCUGCCUCAAGUGGUGCUGGACGCAACGGCGGUUGUCCAUGAAGGGAAAUACCCAGGCGAAGGCUCAGUGUUGCCUCCGCCGGUGGUCAACUUUUUGGAGCCCGGACAGAGCCCUACGCCUUCAGAUGGAUCCAGCUAUUACAGCGACGACAGCAACAGCGGCACGCCGCACAUACCAGAGUUCAGCCAACUGACGUCUCCUGCAGCCGAGGCGCCUAGCACCUCCAGCUUCCAGUGGCCCAGCUGCAGCAAUGCGAUCAGUAACAACGACAACAAAUUCCCAAUAAGGACACCUAGCUCUAGUAACUUUGGCAUGAAGCAGGAAGAGUUUCCAAGCUUCGACGCCGACGGCUUUGGAUUACCGAAUUCCUUAACGCACAUGUCCCAGCCCCACCCACCUGUCUCCGAGAUGUCACCAUUUCCAUUCGUGACGUCACCUUCAACGUCUUUACCUUCUCCAUCCUCGACAAUAUACUCAGUAUCUAGUCCUGGCACCCCGGGGCCGUCAGGCUCAAGCCGGGGACGCCGCCCGCACGGCUCUAGCGCCCCUUACUCCAGCAAGUCAAGGAGGCGGCAUGUGGAAAAGGGCACUCAGGAGUACGUCGACAAACGUGCCCGCAAUAACGUGGCGGUCAGGAAAAGCCGCGCCAAAGCCAAAGAAAAGCAGCGGGAAACCGAAGGCCGUGUGAAAGACUUACUCGACCAGAACCACCAGCUCCAGAAAAAGGUGGACAUGCUCAGCAAGGAACUUAGUGUGUUGAAAAAUGUGCUAUCGAGUAUUGGAAGCCCUAUACCUGACGAUUUCUUAAGACUAUUAGCAGAUUCUUCUUGACAUGGACACUAAAUUUUAACCUAAAUACUCUAAUUUUUUGUUUGUUUAUAAAACAAGUAUUAGUGAACCAUGAUUUCUGUGAAUACUGUAAGUUCUCGAACGAUGCCAACAAGACUAUUUGAUCACUAUUAAGGCAGCCCGGUGUACUUUCCUUCUUGUGCUAUUCAGAACAAAAUGCCACAGUGAGUUAUUGCCUCACUUUUACUCUUCAAUAUCUUUUAUUCUUUAUAUUUUUUUUUUGUGUGCAGACGUUUUUAGCUUAAACAAUCUUUGAAUAUUCCACCUUUUCGAUGUUUAUAUUUAAUGCAUGUUAUUUUUUUAUAUAUUAUUAUUACUAAAUAUCUAUAUUUAAAUUGUUGAAUUAGUAGUAGUCCUCAAACCAUUGACUGCAACUGAAUCAAUAGGUUUGUCGUAAAGCUGUGAUGAAAUAGAAAGAUAGAGAUCUAGAUAGAUGCAGUGGUAGAGUUAAGCUAGACCGUCAACACUGCAAACUGGGUAAUUUGUUAUUUCUAGUCUAAGGCGUACUUAAAGCAGCAAACAUUGUUCCUCCAUCCCACCUGUCACUAUCUAUUUUAGCGUCAUCAACUUUAACCCAUUCUCCCCGAAACCUUCGCUUUCUUUAUUUCUAUUUUCGUUCUAUUUAUUUGUGAAUAUAUAUAUAUAUAUAUAUAUUGCUAAAAAAAAAAAGAAAUGAUCUAUAAAACGAAGACUUAGCAGAAUCUUGUUGGUGUAAUUAAACUUGUGAUGAAUAUAUAUAUACUGUUUUUAGAAAACAAAUGUGAUUCAAUUCAUACGUACAAGACUUAUUUAUUGUUUUUCACGAUUCAUUUCAUAUGCUACUGUUCAACUUGACAUGCUUCUGGUAUCUUUCAUUUUAAUUAGGUCUACUUCAAUAUAUAGCCAAUAGGUUCCUAUAAGCCACUCUGUUUUGAUACACUUCCCCAUACAGACGUGUUUUUUAAUGUCUUAAGCUAGGUAGAGUAUUCACAAUGUUUUGCAAUAGAAAGAAGGAGGAACACAGGUUCUUAGCAUUAAUCAGUUGCUUAUAGUUGAAUAAUGCACAAUAGAAGUUGAACUUUAACAAACACAUUACAAGUUUAUUCCAAAUGAAAUCCGGUCUUCACCAUUUGUAUUUACUGUAAAUAUCAACAUCACAAAUCCAUUUCCCUACUUCAUACCACUACUUCAUACCACUACUUCAUACCACUACUUCAUACCACUACAUAUAUCACUACUUCAUACCACUACUUCAUACCACUACUUCAUACCACUACUUCAUACCAUUACUUUAUACCACUACAUAUAUCACUACUCUCUCCUUGAUCCAUCUUCUACUCCCUAGCUUAAAGUAUUGUUGUUGUUGUUUUUUUUUUUCUAGUCGUUAGCUGCACAGUUGUUUAAAAUUGUUACUUCCUAUUUGUGAUUUGUUUCAUUGAAAAUACAUGAAAUAAAUUUACAUUUUGUCUAAAGUUUGUUCUUAAAAGUACGAUAUUUGUAAACUAUGACAAAUGAUUCGACGACAUUUGUUGGUGCCAUUCUUCGUUGUCUGGGUUGUUUCAGCGUGAUCUUCAAGUAUAAUUUUACAUAAACCAUACCGGUAACUUUUACAUACAUACUAAGUUGUGUGACCCAAUUAUUUGUUUGAUUUUGUUCCACUCUAUUGUUGGCUCAGGAUGAGCAAAAAAUUGAUAUUUUUUAUGAUACAAAUACAAGAUAGUAUCUUACAAACUUA